UCGUAUUAUUGGCGUGCUGGCUGCUGUUGAGGUUCGUAUUUACUCUCAGGACAGCCCCUCCCACAGCCACAUGCAACCCGACCUGCAGGUGAACAGUUCAGCCGCGGCUUCCCCGUUUCCUCCGCACACUCUCGGUAGAUUACCGGCAGGGGUGGAAACGAUGCGCUUCACUUCCGAAAGAGCGAAGUUGGAUUUAGGAUUUUAAGGGAUUCCACAUACGGGACGCGAUCCUGCAUCCGCGUCCGGAGAGCGCGUGAAGACAGGCAAGAUGAUGGCUUGAAUAGGCGGCGGUGUGGGCGUGAAGUUUAUAAAAGCUGGCCAUUAUCAGAGGCUUGUAAACCUGACAUGUGUACACCCAGUGAGAAGGUGACCUGACACCCCACCCUGAGGGAAAACCAGGAUGCCUCCCAUUGCAUUGCAACUUUUAGGCAAGACCAGCGUUGGAGGGAGCCAUUGCUCUGCUGCUGCAGUCUUGCUGCUCCUUCUGUGUCUUGGCUUCCCUCCCUCUGUGGCUACUUGCCCACCCUACUGCCUUUGUGCCAGUGAUAUAAUUUCCUGCAGCGGCCGCAAUCUGUCCGUGGUGCCCUUUGAUCUCCCGAGUUAUGCCACGCGGUUGGACCUGAGCCACAAUGCCCUCUCUGCCCUGCCAAUGGAUUGGAUUCCCCAACUGUUUGACCGACUCGCUACACUGGUUCUCAGCCGAAACUCCAUAAGCCGAAUUGAGGUGAAUGCUUUCGCUGUAACGCCGCAUCUCUUCCACCUGGACCUUUCAUCCAACGAGCUAACAGUGCUGAACUUAUCCAUCUUCACCGGGUUGGCAGAACUGAAAGAGCUACUGCUGUUUGACAACCAGAUCGUCCAGAUCAACCCUGGAGUCUUCAGAGAUCUUCACAACCUGCAGAGGCUCUACCUCUCUAGGAACAGACUGACAGAUUUCCCCCUUGGGCUUUAUUGGGAAGCUGGGGGGCCUCGUAACCUGACCUUUCUUGAUCUGUCCUACAACAGGCUCUCUAAGGUGCCUGUCCAGAGUCUGCUGUCUCUUCCCCACCAAGGUGGAAUUUAUUUGCAGGAAAACCCUUUGGUCUGUGACUGUGCUUUACUUGCCUUGCUUGAAUACUGGAUGUGGAAACAGUAUCGCCCCCUGGUGGACUUCAGAGGUGAAUACCCAUGUGGGGAUGAUUCAGGACCAGGGCCUAUUUGUAACCAGCAGGGAGUGUUGGAUAUGCCCCUUGAGGCACAGACAUACCAAGAAGAGCCUGGUAAAUGGCUGAGAGUGCCUUGUCCAGGUUUGGCUUCUUCAACCCAGGAGGGGCUGGUGGUGUUCUGGGUUACCCCAAGGACUGUAGUGAAUUCGUCAACCAAUGAUCCGAGUGCCCACUUCAUAGUUCUUCCCAAUGGCACCCUUGAAAUCCAAGGAGCACUCAUGGAGGAUUCUGGUACGUAUUGGUGUGUGGCAGCCCGCCGGAGGCACUACAACCCCUAUGAAUCCAUGGAAGUCAACGUGGUGGUUGGAAACUUGAGCGCUGCCACCACCAGUGGCUUGGCACAUCGUAGUGGCACAGAGCAUUUCAACACUGCGUUCACCACCCUUGCUUCAUGUGUGGUCAGCAUCAUACUGGUGCUGCUUUACCUCUACCUCACCCCCUGUCGGUGCAGGGAAAGCCGGGGUGGAUCAAGAGGCUGCGGCGGACGAGCCAUCAUCCUCUGUUCAGACCCCAGAGAGGUAGAAUCAGGACAGAGGCGGUCAAAUGGAAAGAGGGUGGCUUUCUUAGAGCCUCAGGCAGAGGACUCUGAUAUUGGUGGCCCAAAAACACCAGUAAUGAACUUGGGUCAUGUUACUACUGAGGGAAUUCUCAAGAAUGGAAGUAGGACAGUGGGACAGACCCUCACAGACCCAGCUCACAUAGCAUAGCAAGAAAAUUACCUUUUACACCUCCUGUAUUCUUAUAGUCUCAACCUAAGUGUUUUUUUCUUCACUGUCUUGUUUCAGUACACAGUGAAAAUUGUCCUUUGAUGUGAAGUAGUGUACUGUGAUUCUUGUGAAGUACUUAUACCCUGCAGGGUUUGGGGUUUUGGUCUGAGGCAGAGAAUGCAGUCCUUUUGUAAGCAGAAUUUCAAUUAUGUCUUGACUGUAACUGGCGUCUGUUUUUUAUAUUGAAGAGUUCAUAUGGAAAUUUCACAGGUACCGCGGGGAAAUUGUUACUGCAAAGAUCACAAAGAUCAUAUAAAUGUGGGUGGCUUUUUAAAUUGGGCUGAGAGGAGUAUUCACACCUGAUUUGAUAAGCUGCUACAGGCACUGAUCGUUGUUAUACAGUACAUUCUGUAUAAUAUGGUUGUGGAGACUGCCAUCACAGUGACCCUUGUUAUUUUUAACCGUCUGUCUCCUGCUGUGGAGCGCAUCAUUUUCUAAACACAGCAGUCAUAUGUGUGAAAUUAUGUGAACGUUGAUGUUUUCAAACUGUGUCUGCUACACGCUAUCUUCAAAUUAUGCUGCUCAAAUAUGACCCUGUGAAAGUUCCUGUACAAAAUGUGAUACAAUAUAAAGUGAGACAUGUACAGUAGCAGCCUAUUGUGUUGCUAUUGGAUGGAAACCUACACAGUGAUCACUGUUACUCAAAUGUGGUGGAAUUCCUUUUAAAGGGUGGUUGAUCAAAUUCCUUUUUUUUUUUAGCUAUGUCGUGAGACUACAUACACAAAUUCCAUUCACCUCCAUUCUAUUGAGGUGUAGGCAAAUAAAGACUGCAUAACUAGAUACCACUAGAGGUCAGGGAGAAAAUAAAGUUGUAGUCGUAAUUUAUGUGGACUGACCCUUUAAUCUGAUAACUGAGCAUGAAAUUAUAUCUUGAAAAAUACUUAAAUGAAAAAGAAAAUGAAAAAGGUUUUGGCAUUAGCUAUACAGUAUAUCACUGUCACAAUAUGAAAACAUCAUAGUGAUACUUGUAACAAUAUCUGCAACCUAAACAAUGUAAUCAGGUCGAGGUCCAGAUCAGUCCUCCUCGAGCUGGUUUAGAUUGACUUCUCAGUCAGUCUGGAUACUUGUCGACCUGAUCCCUGUUCUUCCUGUUAAAACUGGGCAUCACUAAAGCCUUGUUUCUCCGAUCGACAGCGUUACAAACAGCAGAUUCAUGGAGGAAUUGAUCCUUAUUGGUUCAGACAGGAGGGGAGUUUGGGCUCAGUGAUGAAGCCCCAGUCAGCCCAGAUCAGUGUCACAGAAAUCAGGAGGAGGUAUGCCAGCUCGCCCCAAGCCCACCGUGACCUACAUUCCUGUAUCCUCUCUUUGUCUGAUUUUCAUAGGUGUGUGGAAUCAUUACCAAGGUACCAAGAGGCUUGUUAUAGUUUCCUUGGCUGUACAUGUCCAUGCUAUCACUGUCUGAGUACCAUCUUUUUUCUGUUCUGUUAGACAUAGGGUGAAACUGAAGUGAAAGUAACACUUUGUCAAGACUACAAUGGCUGAUAUUUGAAGAUAUGAAAUAAAAUGUUUCAAUUUUG